CGAGGGAGAAAAGGGAGGGGAGGAGGAAGAGGAGGAAGAAGAAGGCAUUGAAGACCAGGAAAGAUUGAAGCAAAAGGCUGGCUGGUCGGAUUAUCGAUCCGACCGACGAUGAUGAACAAACAGAGAAAGGAAAGAGUCAAGCUGAGCGGAUGGAGCAGGAGUACGAGUCAAAAUCUAUCAUAACAAGUGGAUGAUGUCAAAGACACUUUGAAGGAAAACCCACUAACUCGAAACAGAGCACUUUGCAAAUACAUGACCCCAGAUAUGUACGCCAAAGGCAAGGGCUCCACAGCCCCUUCCGACGCUCAGGCCAGAGAAAAGUUGGCGCUGUAUGUCUACGAAUAUCUGUUGCACGCCGGAGCGCAAAAGGCUGCUCAAACAUUUUUGAAUGAGAUUCGAUGGGAGAAGAACAUAACCUUAGGCGAACCCCCGGGUUUCCUUCACUCAUGGUGGUGCGUGUUCUGGGAUCUGUAUUGUGCAGCACCGGAGAGACGGGAUUCUUGCGAUCACAGUAGUGAGGCCAAAGCCUUUCAUGACUACGGAUUCGUCAAUUCAGGAUAUAGUGUCAAUGGGAUGCCUCCGCACCCAGGCCAGCCCCUCUUACCUAGUGGAAUGGAUCCUAAUCGACCUCCAGGACCGAGGAUGACCCCUCCAAGAGGACCCGGCCCUAUGGGCCCCAUGGGCCCAUAUGGACCUAUGAGAGGUCCACCACCUGGUCCACCCUUGCCACCCAUGGGAUCUCGCGCUCCGUGGCCUCCCACCUCCGUUCCAGGUAUGUCUCCGGGAUAUCCAGGGCCUCCUGGCCCCCCAGGACCUCCAGUAAAAUUCGUUAUAGGUGACGGAAUGUACUCCAUGAUGAAACCAACACCGGGGGGACCUAUUCCGGACAUGUGCGGCCCACCAGAUGGAAUGGGUCCCGGCGGAGGAGGGCCCAUGGGUCCAGGAGGAGGUCCUCCUAACGGUGGCCCUGAUAACCUUGAUAACCUCAAAACCUCUCCUGGCCAUGGUCCCGGUACACCAAGAGAAGAUUCUGGGGGGAACAAUUCUACCGGCAGUGGAGGUGGGGGAGGAUCUGGCGGAUCAGGGGGAGGGGGAAGUGGGAUAGGCGAAUUCGGAAUGGGCGGGUAUGGGCCUUCAUCAGGGCCUGGUGGGAGCACCGGAAGCGGGAGUGGUCCUAGUGGAGGUGGUGGAGGCGAAAACAUUUGCUUAAAGGUACACAACGAAUCUGCGGCAAUCCUAAAAAUCAAGGAGAGUAUGCAGGAAGAGGCGAAACGGUUUGAAAAGGACUCGGAUCAUCCUGAUUACUUCAUGCAAUAGGUGUGCCCAAGGACCUAUCCACUCGUCUAAUCAGAUUGCACUUCAUUUGUACAAGCAAAAGUAUCUCAUGUCAAACACGUAUCCAUGUUCCCGAUGUGUCAUCGUCCUAUUUUAUCCUCCCAAGCUGUCAUUAAACAAUAAUGUACGUAAUCAUUUAUUGUCUCAGUAACUGAUCUCGAAUAUUAGACACACACACACACAUAUCGACGACAAGAAGCAUAUUUUCUACUCACUUUGUCAAAAGACGAGUUUUGAAGUUGGAAAUGGCUCGAAUCACGUCGUCUCGACCCAUGGACAUGGUUUCCAACGCAUUCAAGGAUUCCAAGCUUUUAGCAACAAAGGCAGCUUGGGCAGCUUCAAAAAACAUGCCAAAUUCGGCGUAGGUAUCAAAGCGUUCAUUUGGACUGAGAAAUUCGUCGUUCAGGAACUCUUUUGCUUGGGCGUCACCACCGAAUUCUCGAACUAACCGAACGAUGGAAACAGUGGAUAGAGGCUGUCGCUUCUGUUUGGCCAGUUUCUUGAUUUCAGGCCAUUUCUGAGUUUUGGCUAAUGCUUUGACGCGGAAGAACAUGUAUCGUUUGU